AAAAAAAAAAGGGAAAACGGUGCGAAGAAGAAAGAAACGUUGCUCUCUGGUUCGAACAGCCCACGGAGGGCGAGGGUUCUGUGAAGAGAGAGAAAGAGAGAAACAGGGGAAAGAAAGAAAGGCGGGAAGGGGGUGGGUGCACAGUUUAGGAGACGGUGGAGGUGUUGCGGUUAAGCCUCUGCCUUCGAAUCCAUGCGUAACGGUUAGGGUUUCAGUCAAUCUCCAGAAGAAGAAAUCGAAUAUUCUUCAUGCGGUAAUUAUUGGCCGCAGAUUCAAAUCAUGCCGUAUCCAUAGAUUUUUCGGUUUUUACAGAAUUGAGUGACCCUAUGAACCGCAUGCGACGAGCACUGUCACCAACAAAUUAUUUUGAAGCUUCUCAGUUCUAAUUUAAGAAGGUUAUAAUAGCAAGAACUGCAUAACCUGGGUGUUGGUGUAUAUACCUCCUCGUUCUAACAACAAAGUGAAGGGGAGAAGUUUUAGCAUGCUACAAGGACUGCUCCAAAACUUGCAAGUACCCUGUCUGUUUGUGAUAGCAGUAUGAAGCUGGAAGACUUCUUUACCUUGACCGAGAUGAAGGAUGGGCUCACCGCCCUUGCUAGGGUUGAAGAAUUAGUCUCCAUAAUGCAGAAGGAGAAAGAUUCUGUUGUCAAGAAUGUUGUGGAGGCAGCAAGACAGUGGUCCACUGUUGCAAGUACCUUAGCAGCGACAGAGAGUAAGGACUGUCUUGAUCUCUUUGUUCGGCUUGAUGGACUUUGCUACCUUGGCCGCUGGCUUCAGGAGGUGGACAAGUGUAGUGAUGACAUCAGUGAUAGUUUUGCAGAAGAGUCAAUCACUGCACUUUUAGCAGCACUUGAGAAGUUGCCUAUAGACAAGGAUAGACUAAUUUCAUCUGGCAUCAAUGCGACUGUGAAGGAUCUUUUUGGUCACAAGAGCACCAUGGUUCAAGAUGGGGCAAGAACUCUAUUUGAUGGUUGGAACCAAGUAAGGGAAGAGGAUGCAGAUCACCAAGAUAUUGAGAAAGAUGGGGCAUGCCCGGAGGUUGAGGAUGCAGAUCACCAAGAGAGUGGGUGCCCAGAACAAUCAGAUGCCAGUGUUCUCCCUUUGAUGGGAGGUGCUGAUGAGGAUAAGCAUUUAGUAGAACCAUCUGGGGAUGAACUUCAGCGUCCACAAAGCUCAGAUGGUUCUCAUUCUUGUAGUGUUGAAGAUGUAAAGUUUAAUGUGUCUACUAAUCAGCAGACCUCUCUUAUACCUUCAAAACAGGAAGAUGAAGAUGGAUCUCAUGGAUAUCCUCUGCAAAGCCAAUCUAUUAUGGAAGAAACCCUUUCCGAUCCUGCAGGAAGUGCAGCCUCCACUGGGACAUGCAGUUCUCCAGUUCUGCUGAAUGUUAAUGCUGAGGGUAAGUCCUUGGAUAUUCCAGAGCUGAAAGAAGCCCCUGAGGAUGCAAAAGAAACAGAUGGGGUGAAAGGUAUCCAAGAUAAAUCUGGUAGAGAAGAAACAUCUGCUGUUUCUACCUCAUUGGCGCCCAAAUCUAUCUCCACAACCAUUAGUGAUCUGCAGUCUGUGAUGGAAACUGCUGCUAAAGUUACACUGGUUUCUGAGGUGAAGGGUGUGUCUGGUGAUGAUGAGUCGCUAAAACCUUCCAGAAGCACAGGGGAAAUUGAGACUACAGGUCAAGGUGCGGAAUGCCUCUCUAAUGACUUGCAGGACUUAACUAGUGAUGGGCAUAACUUAAAUAGGGAAAAAAUCCUGGAGACUUCUUUUUGUAGGAUUGAAGAUGUUGGAGCAGGAUCCAAUAUUAAAGAUCUUGCUGGUGAGUCAAGUUCGAAGGUAGGCAGACGAGAGGAAUUGGCAAUCCCUGCUGAUGUCCCCAAACUGGAGAUGGAUGUGAAAACCUCGGAGAAGAUUGAAAAGAGAAAAUUAGAAAUGGAACUUGAUUAUGGAGUGGAUGAUGCACUAGAAGUGGCUUGGCAAGUUGCUAAAGAAGUGGAGAGAGAGGUAGUGGAUAACAGAGAACCAUUCUGCAGCUCCUCUUCUGAAAAAAAUUCUGAAGGUGUUGUUCAACCUGGUAGCCCUGAUUCUAUAAAUGAUAAGGACCAACUUAUGACAGAUCCACUUGAUGAUGUGCCAGCUGGACAAAAUCUUUCUUGUGGGGCCUCUUCUUCAAGGGGAGAGGAGCAUUUAAGGAGCUCAAAGGAUAUAGACUUAAAACCAGAAAACUGUAAACAAGACCUGGAAUCCUCCCAAUUGACUGAAGCCGCUCAAGAACUAGCAGGUAGCGGUGAAAGGGAGCCAUGUGGUUUUGAUCUUAACGAGGAAGUCUGCUCAGAGGAAAUGGCCAGCCCAUCGACUCCAAGCUCAGUCCCCAUCACUGUUGCCACAACAAAAGCGCCAGCUUCUGGAACUCCUGUGGUUCCUUUGCACUUUGGGGGGAAUCUGGGAUGGAAGGGCUCCGCUGUUAACAGUGCCUUCCGUCCACCAGCUCCUCGCAGGACUCCAGAUGGUGAGAAGACUCUCUCAGUUGAGGGAAGCAACCACAGUUCCAAAUGCAGGCAAGAUGUCCUUGAUAUCGAUCUGAAUGUGGCUGGGGCUGAUGAUGAUGGUGUCACUGAUCCAGCUUUGGCAAAACAAAUCCCAGAGUCAUCCAGUCUCCCUUCUGGGGAAUCUUCUGUCGAGGUGAGUUCAAGAAGGGCUGGGAGGCUUAUGUUGGACCUUAAUCGUUCUGGUGACAAUGAAGAUGCUCCAUUGUCUGAUUCAAGGACAGAAGGCCAGUUCCUUUACCACGACAGAAAUGGGCAUCGAAGCCCAUCUCCAGCCUCAUCGUCAUCGUCAAGGCAACCUCCAGUGAGAAACAUCGAUUUGAAUGACAGCCCGUCUUUCUUUGAUGAUACUUAUGGCCAGCAGCAUAGGCUUGGUAUAUUGCCUUCCCAAGACAUGAAUGCACAUGGAGGGUUUCAGGUGGAUGAUCAUUUCAUUUCAAUUAUGGGAAAGAAAGUGGAGGUCAACCGAAAGGAUUGUGCACCUCAAACUCAUUCCUUCAUACCAAAUGGUCAGGUCGGUGAAUCCAUGGAGGCUGGCAUGGCAAGAUCUGGAGGCAGUGUGGUGGCACCCUCAGCAAUGACUCAAACAGCCUUGCCUUCUCGGUUGUUUGGGUAUGGCAGCCUCACAGCAGGGCCCUCCACAGCUGUCUCCCCAGCAGUGUAUGGGCCUAGCAAUGUCCCUUACAUGGUAGAUUCUAGAGGGGCCCCUGUUUUGCUGCAGAUAAUGGGAUCCCCAACGACUGAUGCACCUUCCUAUUCCAGAGCGUCUUUCUUCACAACAAACAUGACAGGAAUGCAAUCAGGUUUGAAUGGGGUUGGGCCUUCACAAUCUGGCUUUGAUCUCAAUUCAGGCGUAAUGAUGGUUGAGAACAGUGUGAACAGGGAAGCAGGGGGUCUGAGGCAGCUAUUUGUUCAGGGCCAGGGUGGGUCUAUGGAGGAGCAGAUGAGGUCUGCCUCGCUGCCUCUGAAUUCAGUGGUGGGGGUCAGGCGGAGGGAACCAGAUGGUGGGUGGGAUCCAUAUCCGGUUGCUUAUAAACGGCAAGCGCCGUGGAAUUAGAAAGUUUUGUUUUGUUUACCCAAGGCUGGUUUCUCCUUUGGGAGGAGCUCCCUUUUAGGAAGGGAUAACAGAAAAGGUGCUUACAUUACCAGAGAUGCCGCAGAAGAUAGAUGAAGCCCAUUGGCUUAAGUGGGAGGGACGUGGUUUAAACUGAAUAAGGCUGGAGGAUGGAUGGAUUGCCAGAGAGAGAGAAUAUGGGGAGGGUUUUAGUGUAGGCUUGAUUGUUCAUUUUUAUUCUCAUUUUUAUUCUUGUUUAAUUUUCAGGUUUUCUUAGCUGAAAGGGAAAGAAAGAAUAGCUGGGUCACCAUGUCUCUCUGUAGAUCUCUUUCUCUCUCUCAUAGAUAUCAACAGGAAAUGAAAGAAUUGGGUAUCAUUUACUUGGGCUUUGCUGUUUAUGCCAUGUGUAUGUAACUCUCCUAAGGCCAACUCAUUGUACAGACUGUCACAUUCAUUCAUGGGAAAUAUCAAAGAUUCUAGGCGUUCAACCUG